AUGCGGUAUUCCUCUCUUGCGUCGUUGGUGCUCCUGCUGCGGACCAGUACCGUUCUGGCAAAGCCAGUCCUUAAUAUCGCAAUCGAUAAAACGCUCAAUGCCCGCUACGGCCCUGUCCACAUCGCCAACAGGGCAACGUUCGCAGUCGACCUUGUCCGCAACAAUGAUUAUCGCAGGAAUGGCGCAGCCGAGCUUGCGUGGACCUACGCCAAGUACAACAAGGACCCGGCCGGCAUGCACACGAAUGCUAACGACCGUCUGUCCUCGGGCCCGAUCGGUGCCUACAACCAGACUUACGACCGCGAGUACCUGAGCCCGGUCUACGUGGGCGAGCCUGGCCAACUGUGUUGGCUCGACAUCGACACGGGAUCUGGAGACCUUUCCGAUACGCCGAGCUUCUACUUGGACGGCCAAGAAAUUUACCACCCGGAAAAGUCCCGUACGUCUGUCGACGUUGCCAAUGCUAGUUGGUCCAUCACAUAUGGCGACGGAAGCUACGCCGGUGGCGGUAUUUACCGCGACUCGGUUCGGAUUGGCAAUGUGACUCUGCACAAUGCGACGGUCGAGUCGGCCACGGCUGUUUCCCGCAGCCUGACGACCGACCCCGUCAUGUCUGGCAUCUUGGGUCUGGCCCUCAAUCAUUCGAGCACCACGUACCCGCAGCAGCCGACUCUGCUUGACGCUCUCCGCCCCGUUCUGGAGGAGAACCUGUUUGCGGCAGAUCUCAAGUACCAGGACGUCGGCCAGUACCACUUUGGCUACAUCAAUCAGAGCUCCUACACGGGCGACAUAACGUGGCGUACGGUGCUGCCUCAUUCUGGAUUCUGGGAGUUCUAUAUCCAGUCGAUCCACGUUGGCGGCGACAACGUCUGGCGCAUGCACAACUGGCCCAUGGUGGCGGACACGGGCACCACGUUGCUCCUGCUUCCGACGGACCUGGUCGAGCUAUACUGGUCCUUUGUGCCGGGCGCGUACAUGAGCGACGUGUACUACGGCUGGGUUUUCCCUUGCAAUGUGACCCUGCCCGUGCUCGACUUUGGUUUUGUCGACGACCACUGGAACGCGACGAUCCCUGGCCAUUACUUUAACUUCCAGAACGUCAGCGACACGCUGUGCUACGGCGGCAUUCAGGACAGUAUGGAGCCGUUUGGCAUACUGGGUGACGUGUUCCUCAAGGCACUGUACAUGAUCUUUGACAUGGGCCAUUCUCGCGUCGGACUCGCCUCAAAGAAGCUUUUGGCGUAG